AUGAAAAUCAUAACUGCUGUCCUCUCACUUCUCACCCUCGGCGACCUUGCUGCCGGGGCCCGGCCCCGUAAACGGCCACUCAUUGGGCCUCCGCGCACUACACGCCAGGAUACAAAGCUCGCUUCGGCCGGCGAGCUGACUCGUCGUGCCGUGCAAGUGGAGCAUUUCGACCAGCCGAUCGACCACGGAAACCCGUCUCUUGGAACCUUCAAACAGCGCUACUGGUGGGAUACCACGUACUAUGCCGGCCCCGGUCACCCCAUCAUCAUCUACAAUGCAGGCGAGUUCAAUGGCGAAUAUGCCACCACAAAUACAUAUGUACACAACAGGAGUAUUCCUGGAAUGAUUGCUGCAGAGGUUGGUGGUGCCGUCGUAAUUAUCGAACACCGCUACUUUGGCGAGUCCAACCCGUUCAGCCAGUACACCGUCGCCAACCUGUCGCACCUGAACCUCAACAACUCCAUCGCCGACAUGGUCAACUUUGCCAGGACCGCCAAGCUGCCGUUUGCCAAGGGUAACGCCAGCGCCACGGACCCGUCUGUUGUGCCAUGGAUCAACGUCGGGGGCUCCUACUCGGGCAGCCUUGCCGACUGGACCCAGCGCCUGGACGCUACCAAGACGUUUUGGGCGACAUACGUCAGCAGCGCAAAGGUCCAGCUCUUUGACGACUUUUGGAUGUACUUCAAGCCGGUUGAGCUGGGCAUGCCCAAGAACUGCAGCGCCGACAUCAACAAGGUGAUCGACCACGUGGACACGAUCCUGCAGACUGGUUCCGCCAAGGACAAGUUGGACUUGAAGACAAAGUUCGGCUGGGCAAAGCUGGAGUACGACGACGACUUUGGCGAAGCACUCUCCCAAGGUCCCUAUCUGUGGCAAAGCAAAGACUUUUCUUUUGGCUACAUGCCUUUUGAUUUGUUUUGCGACUAUGUUGAGAACGCCGUACCUUCCGCGUUCCCCAACGCCACUACACCUGGACCCGAUGGCGUCGGGUUGGAGAAAGCUCUGGCGGGCUACGCCAAGUGGAUGCAGGACGAGUACAUCACGAAAACCUGCCAAUCAACCCCCAAUUCUGACGAUGCUGUGAGCUGUGCCGACACCCACGACGCCAACGCCGACUAUUACACAUACGUGGAUGCAGACCCCAGUUCUACUUAUAGGCAGUGGAAUUGGAUGAACUGCGUAUGGCCACUCGGAGGCCAGCUCGACGGCGCCCCCAAGGGCCAGCCGACGACACUCAAGUCACGCCUGGUCACGCCGGCAUACAAGGAGCGGCAGUGCGCAAACUACUUCCCGGCCCCGGCGGGCGGCAAGCUCCCGGGCGCCUUGACGUCCGCGGAGUUCAACGACAAGACCAAGGGUGGGUACACGUACGCGGGGCAGCAACGCGUGCUGUACGUUAACAACCAGUUCGACCCCUGGCUCUACGGCACCGUCUCGUCGCCCAUGCGGCCCGGCGGCCCGAUGCAAACGACCGGUGACAAGACGCCUGUCCUCGUCAUCCCGGGGGGUGACCACAUGUCGGACUUUUGGAAGGACAAUGCAGAGGUCAACGCCGAGGUUGAGAAGCUGCAGAAUCAGGCGAUAGAUAUAAUGGUGAAGUGGAUCAGGGAGUUCCCGGGCAAGAAGUAG